AUGACUAGCAAGCAAUACAACCAUUACCAAUGUCGGCAAAGGAAGUCAAACCGUUUUGCUGGCUACAGCGCGAGCCACCGAAUAUUCCGUAUAUUAUGCGACCCUGGUUCUCAAGUAAGUUUAAUUUCCGAAAGUUUGGCUAAUAGUUUGGGUCUUUAUAGGAGCAAGUGUGAGAUUAUGGUGGAGGGCAUUGGCGGAGUUGCGUGUACGAGAACCAAGGGUAGCGUCCGCUUUACAAUAAAAAGCAUAUUUUCUCAGUUUGAGCUAGACAAUCACGUAUUGGUCAUUGGUUCGAUUACUUCAGUUACCCCCGCGGUUAGCGUCGAUAUUGGGCAAUGGGGACAUUUGGCAAGUCUUCAGUUGGAAGAUCCAUAUUUCGGUACCCCGGGUAAUGUUGAUGUACUUCUUGGUGCUGAUGUCUGGGGUUCGAUCGUUGAGAAAGAUGUCAUACACGGUGGGUGUGACGAACCUCAUGCACAACUUACCCGACUUGGUUGGGUUGUAUUCGGACCAGCAUCAGUUCAGAGCACUGCGAAUGCAACAGUUGGAAUUUAUUGCGCGCAGAUUAGAGACGAACCUUAUUUAGAGGAACUUAUCUGCAAUUUUUGGAAGCUUGAAGAAGUACCCGUUACAUCCAAGUGCUUGAAUGAUGAAUUCGAGCUGUUCUUUGCCACUACUCACCGGCGUGCGGCAGAGGGACGCUAUAUUGUGAGGUUGCCCCUCCGCCAAGACUGUCAACCAUUAGGCGACUCGUACGUCAGCCCUCGGCGCCAGUUAUCACGUUUGGAACGAAGUCUGACCGAUGAUCCGGACAUGCAUGCAAAAGUUUAG